AUGUCUCCAUCGCGCUGGUUGGACGUUGGCUUUGCCGUCAUUGUGACAACUGACGGGUCGGCGCAAACCAACAAUCCUGUCAUUCAAGUACCAACUGCAAACCUCCUUUACGGAUACAAAGUACACACCACCUUGUCCGUACCGGCAAUUUGGGACACGAACUCGGGUUUGGUGGGCUACAUUGUCACUGCUGCAGCUUUCCCCCUUCCCCGGGUUAUCAAAUAUGGGUAUCUCUACGACGUCCCGGAUAUGCCUCCCGGGCCAAACGGAUCACUACGGUGCUACCCGUACGGCGCGCACAAAAUAGCCGUUUACCAGCUGCCGAGUCAUCAACAAAUUCUCGUCCGCUUGCUUGUCUCCUCGACGCUUCUCGGCCGUAGCCGAAGAAUGGCUGUGUUUGCGCUGUGCUGCGUUGCCGCGCAUCCAGAUCCGCCGUGGGUACUCCGUACGGAGUAUGCGCAACUGAUUUCCAAUUUGAAGCGCAUGGCAAUUGCAUAG